UGCUGGCCCCGCCCACUCUGCGACCCCAGCCAAGGGGAGCCAGACCCCGGGCCGGCCGCGUCCAGGGCACAUCCCUCCCAGCCCUAUUUUCCCCUCCCCACCUACCUGGCCUCUGGGGCCUUUCCUUUUCCGGUUCUCCCUUUCUUUCUCCAGGUGAUCCCACCCCCUUAUCCUGUCCGCAGGUGGACCCCGUCCUCAGAGUAACCCUUCUCAGCUCACCCCUGCUCCCAGGCCAGCCUUAGCCCGAGCUCUCUGCCUCCCCUAGGGUCUGCUUUGCACGGAUAGCCCCUUGCCCAGGCUAGCCUGUUUCCUCUGGGCGGUCUUCGCCUAGGCUGGCCCGUCCCCCAGUCUCUUGCUCAACCGUAAGAUGAAAGGGGCUGGACUGGGCUGCGGGCUGGGUGCUCAGCGGGCAGACCUGGUUCAGCCCUGUCCUUUCCCUGAAGCUCUCCCCGAGCCUCCACCUCCUGCCCUGCUCCUCUAUAAAAUGGGGAUGACCACAGUGGCCACCUGGUAGGAGAGGUAGUCAGGGCGGAGCCACCUGUUUAAGGCCUUUUUUGUGGAGGGGUCACUGGUCUGUGUGUGUGCGUUUGUGACUCAUGGAGCAGGAGGCUCUGCGGAAGAUCAUUACCACCCUGGCUGUGAAAAAUGAAGAGAUUCAGAGCUUUAUCUACUCCCUCAAGCAGAUGCUGCUGAACGUGGAGGCGAACUCCACCAAGGUGCAGGAGGACCUAGAGGAGGAGUUCCAGUCCCUCCUGUCCGUGCUGGAGGAGCUCAAGGAGGGCAUGCUCACGAAGAUAAAGCAGGACCGUGCCAGCCGCACCUAUGAGCUACAGAACCAGCUGUCUGCCUGCACCCGGGCCCUGGAGAGUUCGGAGGAGUUGCUGGAGGUGGCCAACCACACGCUGCAGGCUUCGGACAAUGAGGACUUCCUCCAGGCUGCCAAGCAAAUCAAAGACAGUGUGACAAUGGCUCCUGCCUUCCGGCUGUCACUGAAAGCGAAGGUCAGCGACAACAUGAGUCACCUCAUGGUGGACUUUGCGCAAGAGCGUCAGAUGCUGCAGGCCCUUACGUUUCUGCCUGUGCCCAGCACACCUGUGAUCGACCUAGCUGAGUCCCUAGUGGCAGAUAACUGUGUGACCCUGGCGUGGCGCAUGCCGGAAGAGGACAGCAAGAUCGACCACUAUGUGCUGGAGUACCGCAGGACCAACUUUGAGGGCCCCCCGCGCCUCAAGGAGGACCAGCCCUGGAUGGUGGUGGAGGGCAUCCGGCACAUGGAGUACACUUUGACAGGUCUCAAAUUUGACAUGAAGUACAUGAACUUCCGGGUGAAGGCUUGUAACAAGGCGGUUGCGGGGGAGUUCUCUGAGCCAGUGACCCUCGAAACACCAGCGUUCAUGUUCCGCCUGGACGCGUCCACAUCUCACCAGAACCUGCGGGUAGACGACCUUGCCGUGGAGUGGGACGCUAUGGGCGGGAAGGUGCAGGACAUCAAGGCUCGUGAGAAAGAUGGCAAGGGGCGGACGGCAUCUCCUGUCAACUCCCCAGCCAGAGGUACCCCAUCUCCCAAGAGGAUGCCCUCAGGUCGUGGUGGUCGGGACCGGUUCACAGCUGAGUCCUACACAGUACUGGGGGACACGCUCAUCGACGGCGGGGACCACUACUGGGAGGUGCGCUACGAGCCGGACAGCAAGGCGUUCGGCGUGGGCGUGGCCUACCGCAGCCUGGGCCGCUUCGAGCAGCUGGGCAAGACGGCCGCGUCCUGGUGCCUGCACGUGAACAACUGGCUGCAGGUCAGCUUCACAGCCAAGCACGCCAACAAGGUCAAGGUGCUGGACGCCCCCGCGCCCGACUGCCUGGGUGUGCACUGUGACUUCCACCAAGGCCUCCUGUCCUUCUACAAUGCCCGCACCAAACAGCUGCUGCACACGUUCAAGGCCAAGUUCACUCAGCCACUGCUGCCGGCCUUCACGGUCUGGUGCGGCAGUUUCCACGUGACGCCGGGCCUGCAGGUCCCCAGCUCCGUGCGCUGCCUGCAGAAGCGGGGAAGUGCCACCAGCAGCUCCAAUACCAGCCUCAGCUAGGCCGCGCCACCCAGCCAGCAGCGUGUGUCUGGGGCUGCAGGCACCGCCCUCUCUCUUGCUGCUCGGAGCCUUAACUUGUGGAUGAGUGGGGGGUCGGCGCCAGGGAGCACCCCCCACACUUCCUAAUAAAGGUCGAACACUG